AUGAAAAUAUUACCGGAAGGACAAGUAAGGUUUUGUGUGGUUCAGCCAGUCCAUUUCUCCUCAUGGCUGCUCAUCUUCUUUAUUCUGAAAUCUAUCUCUUCUCUAAAACCUGCUCGGCUUCCAAUUUACCAAAGGAAACCAUUUAUAGCUGCUUGGAACGCCCCAACAGAUCAGUGCUUAAUAAAAUACAAUAUAAGACUAAAUCUGAAAAUGUUUCAGGUGGUUGGAAGCCCACUGGCCAAGGCCAGGGGGCAAAAUGUCACUAUAUUCUAUGUCAACAGACUGGGAUACUAUCCAUGGUAUACAUCGCAGGGCGUUCCCAUUAAUGGAGGUCUGCCCCAGAACAUAAGUUUGCAAGUACACCUGGAAAAAGCUGACCAAGACAUUAAUUAUUACAUCCCUGCUGAAGAUUUCAGCGGACUUGCUGUGAUAGACUGGGAAUAUUGGAGACCCCAGUGGGCCCGGAACUGGAACGCAAAAAAUGUUUACAGACAGAAGUCAAGAAAGCUUAUUUCCGAAACGCAAGAGAAUGUAUCAGCUACUGAUAUUGAGUAUUUAGCCAAAGCAACCUUUGAAGAAAGUGCAAAAGCUUUCAUGAAGGAAACCAUCAAAUUGGGGAUCAAGAGUCGACCCAAGGGCCUUUGGGGUUAUUAUUUAUAUCCUGAUUGCCACAAUUAUAAUGUUUAUGCCCCAAACUACACUGGGUCAUGCCCAGAAGAGGAAGUUCUGAGGAACAAUGAGCUUUCUUGGCUCUGGAACAGCAGUGCUGCUUUAUAUCCUUCUAUUGGGGUCAGGAAAUCCCUUGGGGACAGUGAAAACAUUCUGCACUUCUCACAAUUUCGGGUGCACGAAUCCAUGAGGGUCUCCGCCAUGACAUCCCAUGAUUAUACCCUGCCUGUAUUUGUCUACACCAGGCUGGGCUACAGAGACCAACCUUUAUUUUUUCUUUCUAAGCAAGACCUAAUCAGCACCAUAGGAGAAAGUGCGGCCUUGGGAGCUGCAGGCAUUGUGAUUUGGGGAGACCUGAAUUUAACUUCAUCUGAGGGCAACUGUACGAAGGUGAAGCAGUUUGUGAGCUCUGAUUUAGGGUACUACAUAGUCAACGUGACCGGAGCCGCUGAGGUGUGCAGCCGACACCUGUGUGGGAACAACGGCAGGUGCGUUCGGAGGAGGUGGAAAGCUCCCGAUUACCUUCACCUGAACCCUGCAAGCUACCACAUCAGAGCCUCCGAGGACGGAGACAUUACUGUGACAGGAGCAGCAUCUGAUACAGACCUGGAAGUCAUGGCGGAGAAAUUUUCCUGUCAUUGUUAUCAGGGCUACAAAGGUGCUGAUUGCAGGGCGAUGAAGACGCCUGAUGGCAGGGCCGGGGCUUCCCCUGUCUCUGGCUCACUAAUAAGCCUGCGUCUGCUGGUUCUGGCCUGUUAUUGGAGCACUCAGCUGUGA